AUGGACAGACACACCCGCAAUCAGCUCUUGCGCUCUGACGAAUACCUCCGUGACUUUCCUCAACUUCCAAGUCAGCGACAUGACCGCUAUGACAACGACAACGACAACGACUCCUUAGACUGGGACAACAAGGAACACCAACCGCACCACCGAAAACGCCUGCCCAUUCCCGACCUGCGCUUCGAACAGACGUACUUGAACCGCAUCAAAUCUUGCAUCCACUAUGAAUCUCCACGUACCGAGAAAGGAAAACAGAAGGAGAUCCCACAAGACGAGGACUUCAAGGCUGGUAUACACGCCGUGCCCCUCGUUGAUUCGUCGCGGAUUAUUGCACGGAUAGACUGGGGCGGUGUUGCUUGGAUUACGCUUCGGGAUCAAGUCAUCAUGCCGCUCAUCCAAGGCAUGGUCUGGGGUGUCGCGAGCGAGUACAUACAACCUAUCAUGGCGUACGCUCGCAGAAGAGUGAACGUUGGAAGUCCACGGAAAGACUAUCCGGAGGGGAGGGGCUCAAGUUUACUGAGACAGCUGGCCAAUAAGCUGAAGCCCUUCUUGCUUCCACUGUUCGUUGAUAUCCGAAAUCCGAAAUCAGGUAUCUUGAGAAAGCACCCAAAACGCCCCCAAGAUCCCGAGCUCUCGAUGAUCGCUGAAAGGAAAGGCGAGCUCAACGACUCCGUCACUCAGAUCCGGAUACGAAGAUUCUGAGCGUGAAUCAUGGAUGACAUUCAAACGCUACUUCGAGUCAAUUGUGACGGCACAAAUAGUUGAUAGCAUCGAACACUAAGAAACCCACAC